AUGACCAAAAUCGCGUACGCCGGACUGGGCAACAUGGGCCUCGCCAUCGCCCCGCACCUCUCCAAGUGGGCGAAGGAGAACGGGGCUCAGUUUGCUGUCUGGAACCGCACCCAGGCCAAGUACGACGAGCUGCGCCCGAAUGUCGCCGAGGACACGCAGUGUGCCACCGACCUUAAGGAUCUUGCCGACUCCGACAUCGUCUUCCUCAGCGUGCUCAACGAUGCUGCUACCCAGAGUGUCGUUCAGACCCUCACGGACGCGGGCUUCAAGGGCAUCUUCGUUGACCAGAGCUCCGUCCAGCCUAACACGAGCUCUGCCAACUGCGAGACUGCCGCGAAGACUGGAGCCAAGUAUCUCGCCGCUCCGGUGUUCGGACGACCUGACGCUGCCGCCGCGGCUCAGCUUAUCCAGGUCGUCGCUGGCGACCAGGAGGCUAUCAAGAGCGUGAAGCCGCUUCUGGACACUUCGGCUCGUAUCGUUCUCAAUCUUGGCACUGAGGUCUACAAGGCAGCCAACACGCUCAAGCUGAUGGGCAACGCGAUGAUUCUGGGCGUUAUCGAACUGCUCGGCGAGACGUUCGCACUUGGAGAGGCAACGGGCAUCGACUCGCACGUUUUCCAGCAGUUCAUCGAAGCCUUCUUCCCGACGCCGUCAUUCAAGGCGUACUCGAAGAAGAUCGAGGGCGGCAACUUUGACGGCAAGGGCGGAUUUCGUCUCGAGGGUGGUCUCAAGGACGCCAACAACAUCCUCGGGGUCGGUGCGAGCCUCGGGAAGCCGGUGCCGAUGCCGACGAUCGAGAUUGCGAAGAAGAACAUGGAGCGCGCGGCCGAGCUGGGCGGUAAGGACAUGGACUGGUCCUCGCUUUCGGCCGUGCUGAGGGAGAACGCCGGCCUUCCCCCGUUCAAGGUUGAGCAGAAGAAGUCCUCCUAA